UGGCGUUCACCGCGAGGAGGCUACGGGACUCUUUCAACCACGUAACACUACAGCACAGCCAAGCCUUGCAAAGAGAACGCUUUGCAAGGCCAGCCCAGGGAACCAGGGCGGCCCUGGGAACCGAACUCGAUAGAAAGAGCAAAAGAGGCAGAACACGCAUGCGCAGGGCGAAGGCGGAGCGGACGGCGCGCGAAAGGAGCGCGCGCACGCGGCGGCCAGGCCUUAUAAGCGGGAGCGCGCACCAGCGUGGACGCCAGAGAUCCCGCAGGCGGGUACCGGAAGAGACCGCGCGCGUGGCGCCCGGGCCUCAGCCAUGGCUCACAGGCCGAAGAGGACUUUCCGGCAGCGCCGAGCCCACUCCAGCGAUAGCGAUGACGCCGAGGAGCGGUCUGCUGAACCCGAGGCUUCGGGGGAGCAGGCGGCCCCGGGCCUUCCAGAGGAAGGGCCGCCCAGUGGCGUGGGCCGCGCGGAGGUGACGGACUGGCGUGCUCGGGCCCGUGGCCCUCGCGGUCGUGGCCGAGUGUGGGCAAGUUCCCGGCGCGCCGCGGGGGCGGCUCCGCGCGCUGAAGGCUCCGACGUCCCAGAAUCCAGAAUGGUUGAUCUUUCAACGGAUGAAGAGAGUGAAACACAUCAUUCCCCAGAAAGUAAAGAUGAUCACAGUUCAUCAUCCAACAGCUCUAGCUCUCUGGAAGAAGAAUUUUCGUCAGUAGUAAAUAUCCCUGAUGCAGCUUUUAUUCAGGCAGCCCGCAGGAAACGUGAAUUGGCCAGGACCCAAGAAGACUAUAUUUCUUUGGAUGUAAAACAUACCUCUAUCAUCACUGGGAUGAAGAAAAACAGUGAUGAAGAUCCUGAGAGUGAGCCUGAUGACCAUGAAAAGAGAAUACCGUUUACCCCAAAGCCUCAAACACUUAGACAAAGGAUGGCUGAUGAAACAACACCUAGAAAUGAAGAAACAAGUGAAGAAAGUCAGGAAGAUGAAACUCAAGAUAUUUGGGAACGGCAGCAGAUGAGGAAAGCAGUUAAAAUCACAGAGGGACGAGACCUAGAUCUUUCCUACAACAGUGAAUCUCAGACAGUGAAGAAGUUUGAUACUUCCACUUCAUUUCCACCAGUAAAUUUAGAAAUUAUAAAGAAGCAAUUAAAUACUAGAUUAACACUGCUACAGGAUACUCACCGCUCACACCUGAGGGAAUAUGAAAAAUACAUACAAGAUGUCAAGAGUUCGAAGAAUACCAUCCAGAAACUAGAGAAUUCAUCAAAUCAAGCUCUAAAUUUUAAAUUCUAUAAAAGCAUGAAAAUUUAUGUGGAAAAUUUAAUUGACUGUCUUAAUGAAAAGAUUAUCAGAAUCCAAGAAAUAGAGUCAUCCAUGCAUGCACUCCUUUUAAAACAAGCCAUGACCUUUAUGAAACGCAGGCAAGAUGAAUUAAAACAUGAAUCAACGUAUUUACAACAAUUAUCACGCAAAGCUGAGACAUCAACGAAUGGAAGUUUGGCUGUAGGUGAAAAAACUCCAUGGAUUUUGGAAGAGAUUGAAUCUCGAAGGUCACAAAGAAGACAAGCAAGGGCACUUUCUGGGAAUUGUGAUCAUCAGGAAGGGACAUCUAGUGAUGAUGAACUGUCUUUAGCAGACAUGAUUGACUUCCAAAAAACCCAAGGUGAAAUUUUACGGGAUCACAAGCAGAUUUUUGAAGAUGUACAUGAUGAUUUUUGUAAUAUCCAAAAUAUUUUGUUGAAAUUUCAACAAUGGCGAGAAAAGUUUCCUGAUUCUUAUUAUGAAGCUUUCAUUAGUUUAUGCAUACCGAAGCUUUUAAAUCCCCUAAUCCGACUUCAGUUGAUUGAUUGGAAUCCUCUUAAGUUUGAUGCUGUAGGCUUAAAACAGAUGCCAUGGUUCACAUCUAUAGAAGAAUAUAUGGCUAGCAGUAUGGAAGAUUCAAAGAAGGAAGAUGGUUCUGAUAAGAAAAUCAUGUCUGCUAUCAUCAAUAAAACAGUUAUUCCUCGACUUACAGACUUUGUAGAAUUCAUUUGGGAUCCCUUGUCGACCUCACAGACAACAAGUUUAAUAACACACUGCACAGUGAUUCUUGAAGAACUUUCCACUUGUGGAAAUGAAGUUAGUAAAGGCAAACAGGACUUACUUAAAUCCAUUGUUUUGAGAGUGAAGAAAGCAAUAGAAGAUGAUGUUUUUAUUCCUCUAUAUCCAAAGAGCACUAUAGAAAACAAAACAUCACCACAUUCAAAGUUCCAAGAAAGACAGUUCUGGUCGAGUGUAAAGCUUUUCCGCAAUAUUCUUCUUUGGAAUGGACUCCUCCCAGAUGACACAUUACAAGAACUAGGACUCGGGAAGCUGCUGAAUCGCUACCUUAUGACAGCUCUUCUUACUGCCAGUCCUGGGCCAGAUGUUGUUAAAAAGUGCAGCCAGAUAGCAGCAUAUUUACCAGCAAAAUGGUUCCAAAGCUCUGCCAUGAGAACGUCUAUUCCCCAGCUAGAAAACUUCAUUCAGUUCUUGUUGCAGUCUGCACAGAAAUUAUCCAGAAGUGAAUUCAGGGACGAAGUAAAAGAAAUAAUUCUUAUUCUGGUGAAAAUAAAAGCUUUGAAUCAAGCAGAAUCCUUCAUAGAAGAAUGUCACCUAGACCAUCUUAAAUCAGUAAUUAAAGAAGUUUGAGCAAACUAUGGGAAGUACUAAUGUGAGAUUUUAAUAUAAUCACUCAUGGCUCAUUUGCUCGGGGCGGCGGUGCCCGCAGGACUCCAUUCCUUCGCCUUAUUUUACCU